UGUGCUCUCGGGGAUGAGGUGAGAGAGACUGCAGUGUUGUUAGUUUGAACAAAAUGGCUGCGAGACCACUGUCAACGAGAGCUCACUGAACGCCUACCAUGACUGUCUGGAUCCUCUCAGAAUGUAUUUCCCCGGAGUCGUUUCUCUCUCUGCAUUCGCGGUGGCCAGCCCGUCGCUAGUCGUCCAGCUGGCGACCUAAACAAACACAUUUCUUUUUUGCACUUUAAAACAAGUUGGCUGGCUCCUUGACGGCCGUCGGCUUGCUCCUUGUACGCGAGAAGUCAUCGGUGAUAUUUUUUUUUUUUUAACGAAAACUGCCUGAUUUCUCCGGUUCACAAAACCUCCCAGUGGUCGACGACGUGCACCGCCAACCUGCGUGAACGUCACCCAACAUAUUUCUGCUGCUUUUGAAAGUCGUUUUUAUUCGUGUUCGUUUUUGUUUUUGUUGUGCACCCUUCCCCGCCCCCCCAGUACAUCGUGACGUUUUAACAAACAGUUUUUCGGCUUGUGCAUUUCACGGCAUAUUUUUCUAUUGUUUUUUGCUGAAAGCAUUAAUAACCGUACAUGCUGUGUAUAUCUGGCUGAGUAGCCGCUGUUUACCUCGGUAUCUUGUCACCAAGUCGGCUUAUCUGCCAAGUCUGACUUCAACUGCGACUGAAUCUUUGCUCCAUCUCUUUACGGGUAACUUCAGAAAAGACAUAGGAGAAUGCGUUUUUGCAUAUGUUUUUCUGCCAUGCACCGACUCUUCUCUGAAAGCUGCCAAAGCUCUGGUUGACGCAAGCUGAGAAAAAACUAGCAACAGAAGGAAGAGAACCAUUUGAUGGAAGAAAAGAAAAAGAAAAAACAAGAAGAAAAGACUAAGACGGAAAUCGCUCAGAAAAAGGCUGCUGAUCAGAAACCCAAAGUGCCAGAGCCUGCUCCCACUAAGCCCAGUCUCGGCCCACCCCACCACCUUCACCCCGCCAGCCCUACGCUGCCCCUAUACUCCUCCUCCUCCUCCUCCUUCUCCUCUUCUUCUGGCAAUGGCAAGCGUGCCUCCUCCAGUAGCCAACUCCCGACUCAGACUCCCCCUCAGCAGCAGUGCCAGUUGUCCUCUGCCAGUGCUCGCUACCCGCCCAGAGAGGUGCCCCCGCGCUUCCGCCAGCAGGAGCACAAGCAGCUACUGAAGAGAGGCCAGCCACUGCCUGCAGGAGCCCUCUGCGCUCUCACCCUCUCCUCCUCCACCUCUUCCUUCUCCUCCUCGCCCUCAUCAUCUUCCUCUUCUUCUUCUUCUACAACUACCAGAACCUCCCCAAAUUCUGCUGCGUCCACUGCAGGCAAACGCCACCAAGACAUAUCCCUCCAGAGUGGCCCUAUUGCCCAGUAUGAAACCUCUCUUUGGAGCACCUCUUUGCCAGUUGACAGCCCCUCCAGUGCCAAUAGCUGGGACAAAGUGAUUAUUGACGGAAGUGACACAGAAUCUUGGCCUUCAAUCAGUCGCAGUAGUGACCCCAGCCACCCUGCAGCACCAGAAUGCCCCUUGGGCUCAGCUCUCUCUAACCAAGACACCAGUGCUGUCACUACCACCAGUUGUAGUAGUUAUAUGAGUAUGGCCACAGGUGCAGCAGGCCAGCAGGCCCACUAUCCCUCCCUCAAAGCUAACAAUAAUAUGAUGACGGGACCUGGGUCAGUCAACGCAUUAGCUGGUAAUAGAGGCUGGGGCACAGAUGGGAAACAAGAUGGUGUAAAUGGCGGCCGAGUUGGAGGGUCCAAUAGUUGGGGCUCUCCCAAUUUUAACUUGAACCUCAAUCCCAAUGCCAAUCCAUCAGCUUGGCCUGUCCUGGGCCAUGAGGGUGGUGGUGGUGUUGGAUCCAAUGGGAUGUCAAACUCCCAAUCCCUCCCACCAGGUAUUAAUGGCAAUGGAAACAUGAGCCUUGGAAGUGCAGAUAAUGGGGGGGGCGGUUGGGUCAGUAUGAUAAGUGCUAAUGAAAAUGAUCAACAGCACCCUUCUACCAAUACAAGCUUGUCCUUCAAUAUGGAACCUGCUAACCUUAACACUGAUGGGCCAAACCACACUAAACAACAGCAGCAAGCUCAGGAGCCUAUGAGCCCUAUCCAUGGGAUGACUGGCUGGGGAGGCCAAUCACCCACUGAAACAUCCCAGCUUAAUGGGGACACAACAGGCAGCUCUGUAUGGGGAAGUGGAGAAACUAAGGCAGCUGACUCCCCCAAGGACUCAGGCUGGGAGUCAACCCCCUCUGGAGGCCAUUCAGCCUGGGGCCGCCAAGGCAGUGGUGGUGGGAGUAGUGGAAGCGGUGGCUGGGGUGAUUGGGGGAAAUCCUCUGCUGGCGGAGAUACAUCCAAAGGCUGGGACUCAGUUGAUGCUGGUAGUUCUGGGUCAGGCCAAGAGCAGCAGCAUAGCUCUUGGGGCAUGCAGACUGGAACAGCCCCCGCAAGUGAGGGUAGUGGGGACAGCAGUGAAGGUCAAUCUCACCACAAAGAUAGGUCCUCCAGCAUGGAUUAUUCCCCUGUUGUACCACGGCAAGACUUGGAUCCUAAGGUGCUAAGUAAUUCAGGUUGGGGACAAACCCCCAUCCGCCAGCACACUGUAUGGGAGAUGGAAGAAGCCAAGUCUAAUAAUGGAAAGAGCAACAGCAGUUCAGACACCUUAGGAGGCUCCAGCUCUAAUGGUGGGCCCGUAUCUACCAAUGGAGGCAGCAUCAAUCCUAACAUUGGUCCCAAUCAAAGGCCGGGGUCUGGAGGAAGAAAUGACAGUGAAGGAUCAUCAUCUUCCAACUGGGGACCCCCUCCCCCUCAGCAAGUCCAGUCUGGAUCAGGGUGGGCCCCCCCCCAAUCUGUCAGCAAAGCCCAGAAUGGCACUGGGAGUGGAUGGGGAGAUGCUAUGCCUGCCAAUGGUUCUAGAGGUGGAGGCACACCAAACUGGGGUUCUGAGGAUAAAUCCCCCAACUGGGAUGAUGGCCAGACAAAAAGUCAGCCUACUAACUGGGGAGAGGCCCCCAAAAGUUCCCAUGGUUGGGGCAACAGUAAAGGUGGAUCCAAUGGUUCUAGCACAGGGGAGUGGGGAGAGGCAGAGGUCAAGAACAAUGGGUCCUCCAGCAGCAUGUGGGAAGGAGAAGGAGGGAAUGGAGGAAAUAGCAGAGGGAAUGGAGGAAAUAGCGGAUGGAAGGAUAGCCCCAGAGAAGGAAAUAGAAGUGGCACCUGGGGUAAACCUUCUCCUACGGUGAAUAAUUGCAGCUGGGGGGAAAGCACACGUGCCAACGGCCCAGUACAAGGAGGCUGGGGCUCUAACAAGCCUCAAGAAAGCAGCAGCAGCAGUACUGGCAGUGGAGGAGGUGGCAGCAUUGGUUCAUGGGGUGGUCCUGGUUCUGUAAAGCAGAGCACAUCUAGCUGGGGCAAUAACAGUAAAGCGGACCAGAGCAUGGAGCCCACUGGCUGGGAAGAGCCCUCCCCUCCCUCCAUCCGUAGAAAGAUGGAGAUUGACGAUGGAACAUCCACCUGGGGUGAUCCCAAUGCCGGCAAGUCUGUCAACAUGUGGGAUCGCAACAAUCCUAACAAUAACCCAGGCAAUGGCGGCCCACCUGCCACUAAGAAUGGUGGAGUGAUUAUCCCUAACAAUAACAACAACAAUCACUCAGUCGGCCCUGGCAACAACAAUCACCAUCACACUCACCACAUGCACCACCAUCCCCAUCAUGGUCAACCUCCAACUCACUUGCAACACCAUGGAAACAACAAUGGGUCACCAAACAAUGGCACCUCACAUCCAGGUGUGGGUCCCCAGGCAAGACCUCCCCACGCCAACCCAGGUUGGGGAGAGCUUCCUAGUGUUCAACCCAAGUCAGAGCCUGCUUGGGGAGAGCCAGCAGCUCCAACAUCAGCUGUAGACAAUGGUACCUCUGCCUGGGGCAAGCCCUCUGGAGGAAUGGGAGGAUGGGCAGAGGGUGGCCAUGAGCCCUCUGGACCCUAUGGAAGGCACAAUGGACCACCAGGUUCUGCACCCUGCAAGCCAGGCCCCAAACCUAUGCAAGAUGGCUGGGGAAAUGGCGGCGAGGAUAUGGGAAUGUCUACUAGCCAGUGGGACCCUGAGGAUGGUGACAUGUGGAACAGCCCCACCUCCCAGGAAAGCAGCUCUUCUUGCAACUCCUGGGGCAAUGGACCCAAGAAGGCCCCAAUCAAGGGGAAAAUUGUCAACAAGCCAGAUGAGAUGUGGAUCAUGAAUCGACUCAUCAAACAGCUCACCGACAUGGGCUUUCCGAGAGACCCUGCUGAGGAGGCCUUGAAGAGCAACAACAUGAAUCUCGACCAAGCCAUGAGUGCACUGUUGGAGAAGAAGACAGACCUGGACAAGAGGGGUAUGGGCAUGACUGAUUACAGCAACGGCAUGAACAAGCCCCUGUUGUGCCGUCCCUCAGCACUCUCCAAAGACCCCUCCGACCGCAACACGUUCCUUGACAAGGAUGGUGUUAUGUCAGAUGAUGCCCCCCCAUCACCAUUUCUGCCUUCCCCCGGCCUGAAGCUCCCAAUGACCAACAGUAGCCUUUCUGGGCAAGGUCUGGGACAAGGCAACCCGGGGCUGGCCAUGCAAAACUUGAACAACAGACAGAUACCCAGUGGAAUGUUUGGCAGUAGUGGAGUAGCACAAACCCGGGCCAUGCAGCAGCAGCCUCCUCAGCCACCAGUGCCACCUCUCAGCUCCUCCCAGCCUAGUCUACGUGCUCAAGUGCCUCAGUUUCUCUCCCCUCAGGUCCAAGCACAGCUCUUGCAGUUUGCAGCAAAAAACAUUGGUCUGAAUCCUGCACUUUUAACCUCACCAAUAAACCCUCAACAAAUGACUCUCUUGUACCAACUUCAGCAGCUGCAAAUGGCGUACCAGCGUUUACAAAUCCAGCAGCAGAUGAUGCAGGCGCAACGCAAUGUUUCCGGCCCCAUUAGACAACAAGAGCAGCAAGUUGCACGUACAAUCACCAACAUGCAGCAGCAGAUCCAGCAGCACCAGCGUCAGCUGUACCAGGCGCUGCUGAUGAAGCAGCAGCAACUUCCCUCUCAUUCCUCCUCCUCUUCCUCCUCCGCUGGUCUACAUCCCCCCGGUGGCCCCACCGGAGGCCCUGGCUCCGGCAAAUCAACCCUGGACCCCUUCACAGGCCCACACCAGGCCCAGGGCCUUACCGACACACUGCACACCAAAGAGCCGCCGUCUUCGCCCAACGCCUACAGCACCUACCCUCUCUCCGGACUAAAUCCAAACAUGAAUGUAAACUGCAUGGAGGUUGGGGGUCUGUCCCUGAAGGAGCACCCUCAACCCCAAUCCCGCCUGUCCCAGUGGACACACUCCAACUCCAUGGACAGCCUCUCUGGCAACUCCUCAAACAUGGAGAACCUCAAUAAGCACGGUGCCAUAUCUGCUGCCUCUACCCUGGGCCCGCCUGGGAAGCCCCCCCAGAUGGAGGACUCCUACAGCCCUUACAAUCUAAUGUCCAGCUCUGAAUCCCCGACCAGUCCCCUGGUGCCUCCUGACAGCUGGGGCCAGGGCAAGAGCCCCAAUGAAAAGAUUACCAAUGGGACCAACAUUAACUGGCCCCCAGAGUUCUGCCCAGGGGUGCCAUGGAAGGGCCUUCAGAACAUUGACCCUGAGAACGACCCCAACAUGACCCCUGGCAGUGUCCCCAGCGGUCCCACCAUAAACACCAACAUCCACGACGUCAACCGCUACCUGCUGAGGGACAGGAACGGAGGUAAACUUUCUGACAUGAAGUCCACCUGGUCCCAAGGGCCUAUCUCACAGAGCCAAGCUUCUCUGUCCCAUGAGCUGUGGAAAGUCCCUCAGGGUCCCCGCAGCUCAGCAGCCCCAUCCCGACCCCCACCAGGCCUCACCAACAGCAAGCCUGCAUCCACCUGGGGCGGGAACUCGCUGGGUCUGGGUCAAGGCUGGAGCGGCUCUUAUUCCUCUGAGGGAACCACCUGGAGUACUGACUCCAACAGGACCAGCAGCUGGCUGGUGCUGAGGAAUCUGACCCCACAAAUCGAUGGCUCAACUCUGCGGACUCUGUGCUUGCAACACGGCCCCCUGAUCACAUUCCACCUCAACCUGACCCAGGGGAACGCUGUGGUGCGCUACAGCUCCAGGGACGAGGCCGCAAAGGCCCAAAAGUCUCUGCACAUGUGUGUGCUUGGAAACACCACCAUCCUGGCAGAGUUUGCUGGCGAGGAGGAGGUGAACCGCUUCUUUGCACAAGGCCAGUCACUAGGGGCAAACACCACUAGCUGGCAGGCCAACCAGGGAACCAAUCAGAACCGGAUGGUCGGGACAGCGCAGACCCACUCUAUGGGCCAGUGGAGCAGUGGUGGCGGUGGAAGCAAAGCCAGCGGAGGCGACCUGCUGUGGGGCGGAGUGCCCCAGUACUCCAGCUUGUGGGGACCACCCAACGGAGAAGACGCCCGCGUGAUUGGUAGCCCCACCUCCAUUAACACCCUGCUGCCUGGAGACCUGCUGAGUGGGGAGUCAAUGUAGGGCGAUGCCACAAUACACUAACCAUCCAAACCACCACCACCACCAUGUCAUGUAAGCCAUUGGUGGAGGUUGGGGGUCGGAAAAAUACAAAAUAAAAAACAGUUCAAUAUGAACAGGAGCAAAACCCAAGCAAAUCAUGUGGCGAUAAUCAGUAUCAAUUUAAACUUUUUUGAACUGUGAAUUGUAAAUCAGAAAGUGGAGGUCAAACCCACACAGACUACAGACCUCCUCUCCUUCUGAUUUACAUUUGUCUCUUUUUGAUUAGUUUACUUUUUUUGGAAAAAUACAAAAACAAAAAAAACUUUUUCCUUUGGUAUUUUUGAAAAUGCAUCAUAUAGAACUGAAACUGAAACGAGAUACAACACAAAGAAACCUUUUAAGUGUUUUUAGUUUUUCCAUGAGUAUACAUGACAUCCUGUGUGAAGUGUUUUUAGGAGAAGCAAUCAAAGCUGCCAUCUGAGACUUUCCUUUUCCCUCCAAAAAAAAAGAAGAAAGAAAAUCAUCCUAAAAUAAGACUCAAAACAACCAUUCCCAGCAUGUCCAUGACGUGGUUCAAAGACCUUUACUAGUUCUUUUAAUGUUUGUUUCUCAGCACUAAUAUUAGCCUUAAGUGCUCUCUGGCCCAGGUCCUUCCCAAGCCGCCUUUUUUAGUUUGUUUUGUAACUGAAGAAAUAGCUGAAAUCUUGCACAGUUUCACCUCUGAGCCAGCAAGUGGUACAGGACAUGACUGGUGACCCACUCUGUCACCGAGCAGUAAGAAGGCCUUGCCACCUGCCUGGCCCACCAAUCAUCAGCUUGAUUAUUUUAUCUCGUCUUCUCAAAGGGAUCGACACAGCUCUCAAACGCCCUUUUUUUGUAGGUCUAGAACCAAGCGCUUUUUUUAAUAUCUAUCGCAACAUAUAAGCUGAGAGAAGAUUAUUUGUCAACCUCUGUGUGUCUCCGCACAUGGCAACGUAUGUUCGGUGGCACCUAAUCAUUGACGUCUGCAAGCCUACAUCCUUAUGGUCACCUUCAAUUGGAACCCAGUCGCUAACUGGUGCUUUGUUGAUUUUUUUUAUUGUCUUAUUUGUUGUGAAGCCCAGCGGGCAGCCAGUUUUCGGUGGAAAAUAAAACGGAACACAAUUUCACCUUCAUGUGACAGUAACAUUGUGCAAUAUACACCAUAGACCUUUCUUCCGUCCAUACUCUGUGUCCUGGAGCUGGUUUCUCUUAUGUGUUUUGAUUGUUGCUGAAUGCAGCAAAAGACUUUGGAACUUAAAAAAAAACCUUCACCCCUUUUUUCAAAAACUUGGAUUCCCCCCAGGCCGCUGAUCCCUCUGAAGCUGUUGGGGAAAACUCUGCAAAGAGGAAGCAGCAGCUGUUGAACUGUGCAUGCAGCAAGCUGUACUUAAGAGUGACACUGGGUACACAAUAAUGCACACUUCCUCUCUGCAUGCCACAGCCACACCCAACAGAGACUGAAUCCACAGCGGGGUUGGAAGGUUCUGGGUAUCUGGCACAAUACCAAAUAAGAGGGGUUUCCUCCUAAUGCAGUAGACCUACGAGUGUUCCUUGCGUUUGGUACUGUACAAACAGAAGAGACUAAGACUUUUAUAAAUUCAAAGGGUUUUAUCAUAGCACUUAUGAAGAGCAAAUUGCUUCACCUGCAAUCCAAUAAAUCAAGAAAAGAGCAGCAGAAACCUUGAAAACAACAAAAAAUAUAUACUGCUCUUUUAUGUACUAUAUCUUUUCCUUGGAAAUGUGUCUGACAUUGUUCCUCUGGUAGCAGGAUGAAGGGAAAAAAAACUGAAAUGCACCAUUGGACUUUUGGGAAAAAACUGCAGUCUCUGAUUUUUUUUUGAACAAUAUCAAAGUGAAUAUCACUGUUACUCCAAAUGUUUCGCCUUGUUCUGUUCAGAGGCACUUGACUUGCAAUGUCGGCUGUCUCUGACAUCACUGGCCAGCCAGUGGGAUUGGGGCGGGGGAGGGGGAGUGUCCACUGAGUGCCUCUCUGCUGUGGUCCUCUGGGUGUCAAGUGGUAGCCUCCCCACAGCGCAGCACUUCCUCCCGGGCUCCACUUGACCCCUCCCUCAGUCUCACGCGAAAAAAAAAAAAGCGGCACCUCUAAGACUGGCCAAUCACGGCUCUUCGCCACAGGAAGCAUCUCCAAUGGAGAGGGGGGCUGCCACCGCUCGACUCUGCUGUCGAUCCCCGACCUCCUCCCCAUCUCUCAGUUCUUUGACACAAAGAUCACUUUAGCUGGAAGAUGUUAUAGUCAUAUUUCUGGAAUUUUUGCCAGUUUACUUUUUAUUUUUUUGAAAAGAUCAUUUGACUUUAUUUUUUCGAUGUGUUAUUUGUUAUUUUGUCUACAUGCAGUGGUCUAUAAAAUACUGGCUGCUGAACUAGCCCUUCACUGUUCAUAUGCAGAAACACUUUGGUCGAGGUGCCUCUGUAUGUUCAUCCUGUGUAUUGAAUGCAAAACGAAGAUCAAUACUACAGAGAGAAAUUGAUUGUCUAUUUGUUUUGAACUGAUCAUGCUUUUGUGUUUGACAGUAUUCUGUAGUACUUCCAGGUUGUAUCUUGAGAUGUGUAAAAAAAUAGGGUGUCUCAGACAGGGGGGUGUGGGUGUUUGCUGUCCAAGCUGCUCCGCCUGCCUGCAGGCUGUCCCCCCUAACCCUUUGCCUAGCUGCUAAGCUAUGCUACGUCCUCCCCUACUACUCCUCAUCCUCUUCCUCCUCCACCUCAAACUAGACCCAGUAGCCCUCCCCUGACCAGGCACCAACAGGCCCUCCUAUCUGUUUCUAUGCAAAAGACUAGAGGCUGGGGCCCUUUGCAGCAUGCCAAACCUGACCUGGGAACAAGCACUUCCUCUCAGAGCAUGGCGAGCCCAAACACUUGUCCCCUGUGCUCCUCUGUCAGCACUUCAGAACGGCUGCCAUGUUUGUCUCACUGGGCUAAGCCGGCAGAACACUGUCAUAUAUACUCAAGUUUAACACUUUACCUGAAGUCAGCCUCUCUGCGCUGAAGAAGCUUCUGUCCAGCUCGAUCUCAGGGUAGGAGAGUUGAUGAUACCUAGUACAAGAUGCAGCUCUCCGUAUCUGUCCUUUUACUGUGAGAGCAAAGUCUUAAAUUAAAAGGCAACAAUAUGUUCAGACCUCACGCCUCCAACUGAAUCCUAAUUGGACAGGAAACGGCUUGUAUUGAUUCCCUUUUGAAAGGUGGCCUGUCGUAACUGUUUGGGGGCCUCUUAACGUGUAAAAGACGCCAUCGUGUUGUGCCAAUAUAAAUUCACUGAGUCAUACUGUAUCUUUAUAGAGAGUACUUCUGUUCCCUGAUUGGAGGAGCUUUGAUAACCUUUGCAGAGGGUGCACCGGGGGACAGGAGGGAUCAAACACAUGGGCAGCAGCAUCACACCCUUCAAUUGCUGAGGGUUUUUUUAUGCUUUUGUGGGGAGUGCCCCAUGCUAAGGAGAAAAUCUUUACUCAGUUGGGGGUUCCAGUUUGCUACAGUGCACAGUUGAUGAUGGGUAAUCCCGGGUACAUAUUUUUUUAAAACCAAAAAUGAAAUCGCAUUUUAACAUCAUUUUUAUGAAGUUUGACAUAAAAAUCUUGAAAAUGCUUAAAAAAUCUAAAUGGAAAAAAAAUCUAUAAUAUGUUAAAGCUCUGCACUUCUAGCUGAAACGUCUCCGGUCAUCAGCUUCUACUACCACCAUCUGAAGGAGUAGACUGGUGGCCGGGGUGCCUUUUUGUGGAUGCUGUAUUUAUCUUUAUGUUGUUUGUGUCCUGCUCAAAGCGGGCCCACUGAACUGUACAUUUCCACAGACCCAGAUGGCUUGGGCCCACUGUAUCAGCCUCGCUCUCCUCGCUCUGCAUCAGCAGGAGGGGAGGGGCACAUUUCAAGAGGUACAAAGUCUUAAAACAUUUUACAAAAAGAUUUAAAAAUUAAAAAAAAAAAAAAAAAAGAACAAGAAAACGGGAAAAGGCUACCUUUCAGGACUCGCAGUCCUGCAGCACACAAGCAAAAAUCACUAUUGCCUGUUUCUGUAACUGCCUUGAUCCAAGCUCAGACAGACCCAAUAGCCGAGGACCUCCCAGCAUCCUGUACUAACUGGAGAACCCUGACAGUGAAGGGGGUUUCCCAUGCUGCACCAGCAUCGAGAGGCUCUCCUCUCUACAGCUCUGUUCUAGAUAGCAGUAUAUAUGUAUUCACUACAUAUGUAUAUACUGUGAGUAUGGUGUGUGGUAUCACCUCUUCAGACUUCUUGGAUCGUAACCUCCGACACUUUUCAUUUUUGUUUGAAAGUUCAUUCAACUGAAAAAUGAGCAAUAUGUAUUUUCCCCGCAAAUAAGUGAUAGGAAGGAAAGAAUUGGGGUCGGGUGUAAACUGAUACUUGAUUGACUGAAAGCGUCGUCUUUCUUAUACGGAGAUGGAUAUGCACGUUCUGGUUUUGAUGACAUAUUACAGUACUUUGAAGUGCUUGUACUGUGCAUAUGUGUAUUUGUUUGUUGAUUAGCCUGUCUAAAAGCCCAACCCAAGCAGUUGACAAAAAGAAUCACAAACAUAUCAAAACAAAACUAAAUAUUGAACACAAAUACUUGAAUCAUGGAACGCCAAUAACAUAAUGUGAAGUCAGAUAUUUUUUUUUUUUUAUCUCUCUCCAUCUGACAGGUACAUUUAGGGGCUUUUAGAGAAUAUUAAGAAUUAAAGAUUAAGUUACAAAAACAAAAUCUUAGAGAAAAUAUUAGGAAAAAAAUGCAAAAGUCAUCUUAGAUGUGUGCUUGAAAGUCAGAUGUUUGUAUGAAUGUGUGUGCAAGAAACUGUUUGUGAAGCGGGCACAUGGCCUGCUCUUGUGUUCCACUCGGUAUGUUGUUUUUUAUUGUUUUUUAUCUUUUAUUAUUUUUGUUGUUGUUCUGUCAAAAACUAUUCUGAUAGACAUUGUUAUUAUUUUCUAACGUUGCACUGAGUGUCUUCUACCCCUCGCUCAGCUAAUCGUAAAGAAACGAGUCUAAGUACGGAGGGGAGAUGGUGACAAUUCAUGUGUACAUGUUUACUCAAGGACUUAAUGGAUUUUGUUUUCAUUCUAUCUGUAAAAAGUUUAUCUACCUUAUAGUGGCUUUUAUUGUGGAAUAAUCCAAUACAAGGAUUAUCAUUGAGUAUUGCACCAUUUUGUUCCAAUGAUAGAAAAAAUGAAGAAAAAAAACUAAAAAUGAAGAAAAAAAAAGAACAAAAAAAGAAAAAAAGAAAAAAUGGCUAAAAAAACAAACAAAGAACUGUGGCCAUAGCUAGCUGUAGAAGGACUAGUAAUCCCUCUGUUAACUUCAUGGACAAAUGGAAAGGGAUAAAGUGUGGGAGGUGAGUUUGUUACAGGACUCAUUCCAGAGGUGCCUAUCUUUUCUGUUUUUGUUCUUUUGCGAAAAGCCACCUGUCGUUUACAAGCAUUUAAUUUGUCUGAAGUUCAAGGAAAUAGGAUAGAAAUUUAUAACAGGAAUGUUGUAAAAAGAAAAGAAAGGACAAAUUUCAUCUUCCAUCAACUAUGGACAUGAAAAUCUUCCAAAUGAAGAUUUAUGCUACUUAAAGAACUCUGGGAUUGAUCAGUGUUGUGUCAUAUUUCCAAUUUUGAUUUCUCUUUCAGUGUCGACAGACUAUCUCUGUAUGUGUUUAGUCGUGAUUUUGUGUUUUCUGUAAGCGACGCAGUUUGCUCACAAUCUUGCACACUGAUAAAAAGAUGUGGAUUUUGUCUCAGGAAGGCCAGGGUUCCAGAUACCAACUCCAUCAUUUCUAGACUUAAUGUUUUUGUGAAUAAAUAAAAGCUGAAAACAAUUAAACUCCAAGCAAGCACUGAAGGUUCUGAGUUUAACAGAAUAUAGAGUACCUUUGUUUCUUUAAAACAACUACAAAAAUGUUCGUAGCAAGUUAUAUAUUUACCAAAUAAGACUGAGAAUCAACUUUGAAAGAAGUGGAGUGCUUUACAUGUGAAAUCUAAGUAGAAAUUGCUUUACAUUUAAACAACCAUCAAUGGUUUUGAUUGUCGAGAAGACAGUGACAUUAAAUGCAUUUGUAUGUUUUGACUGUGUGUCUUUAAGUUUCCAUCCUGAAGUCCAGGAGCAUUGUGCAACAAGUUUGUUUUUAAUCCUCUCUUCUGUCUGUGAACGCGUCUGUUCCCCUGAACAGGUUUUCAAACGUUGAGAGAUUUGUUUAUUAACAUGUAACAGAUGGUUUUCAGAGGCAGGUUGAAGAGGAGGAAUAAAGCUGGUUUUUAAAAGGAUCAUGAUCUAUGCACAAGUGGGAGGGAAGAGUCCAAACCCAGCUGCUGUACUGCAGGCGUUUGUUGACUCACACUCUGGGGUUCAGGGUUCGAUGUAGGGUUGUUCUUUUGUCUCUUGCUCAAUUUUUCUCCACUCUCUUACUUCCCUCUCCCCCAAUCCACCCAACCCCUCCCUAUUUUCAGCAUUAUCUAAUGUUUUAGCAAAACUUUACAUUGCAUCGCCAUGCUGUGUAAUCCUUAACCAAUGAGCGCUUAUCCUUAUGCUAAAACACUGUGGGUUGUACUGAAGAAAAAAAAAGCCCAUGACUUUUAUGGCUGUCUGUUUUUUAAAGGGAGGAGGGUGGGUGGGGGAAUGGGGGUACUUUGCCUUUGCCUUUCUCUUUACUUUGAAAAAAACAUAAAGGAAAAAUGUCUGUAACUGAAUACAAAGUUGUGGCUUUUAAUGUUGUUCUUUUUUUCUCCUCAUAGAAUGUGAUUGUUAAGGACAUGCACCGUAAAAAAUGUUUCCAUUAAUUAUGGAGCUUCUUUCGGACUAUAUUAAUAAAUUACAAAUUUUCUUGGCUGUUG